AGUGGUGAGUGAUUGGCCACGCCUCUGUGCGAGAGGAGGCAGGCAGGCAGACGUCGGGGGUGGUGGAGCCUGACUGAAGCUGCUUAGUGGAGAAACUACAGCAGGAGGAAACACAGCCUUGGACGGUGUUAGGUGCUCAGUUUUUUUUCUCAGAGCAUUCCCUUUAAAAAAAAAAAAAAAAAAAAAAAAAAAAAAGAAAUGGCGUACCACAGUCCGUACAGAGCUCCGCCGCAGAACAACGUGAAUCCGGACCAGAGCUUUCUGUGGACUAUCUUCCAGAGGGUUGACAAGGAUCGGAGCGGGGUGAUAUCAGACUCAGAGCUUCAGCAGGCCUUAUCGAAUGGCACAUGGACUCCCUUCAACCCGGUGACGGUGCGCUCCGUCAUAUCCAUGUUCGACAGGGAAAAUAAAGGCGGGGUGAACUUCAACGAGUUCGCCGGCGUGUGGAAGUACAUCACCGACUGGCAGAACAUCUUCAGGAACUACGACCGUGACAACUCUGGCUUCAUCGAUAAGAACGAGCUCAAACAGGCGCUGACUGGAUUCGGCUAUCGUCUAUCAGAUCAGUUCUACAACACGCUGAUAGAGAAGUUCGACCGCCAGAGGAAGGGACAGGUCGCCUUCGAUGACUUCAUUCAGUGCUGCAUUGUACUACAGAGGUUGACUGACGUGUUCAGACGGUACGACACGGACCAGGAUGGUUGGAUCCAGGUUUCAUAUGAACAGUAUCUAUCCAUGGUCUUUAAUAUAGUAUAACGCACACAGAUCAUCACAAAAGAGCACAACUGGACACAACUGUGCCAAAGCUACCGGCACCUCCCAGAUGUCUGCCAUGGUAGACACUACAAGAUUUUUUUAAACCUCAUUUUUAGCCCCAGUUGGGCUGUUUCACACAAAUUUAUAAAAUAGACACAAAUAACUUGAAGGAACCUUUAGUUUUUGAGUUGUAAUACCCUCCAGAUGACAGUAUUUGUCUGGAGGUACAACUACAAUGCUUCAGGUAUUUAAAAAAAACUUGUAGUGUUUUGUUUGAUGACCAAUCUGAACUACGUCUGUGCUGGGGGUGGGAAACAUUCUGGACACAAUCUGUCUUUCUGUCUGUCAGUCUGUCUGUUAUUGUCAACAAACUUUUUAACGUCUUAACUUUAAUUGAUACAAUUAAAAAAAAAAAGAACUCUGUUGGGAGUAAGAAUGAUGCAUUGUAAAUAUGAUUUAAGAUGCAUUGCAUGCUGGUCAGGGUAAUUUAGCCCCACGUUGACGCAUGCUUUCCCUUUCUCUUGUCUUUUCCUCAGCCCUAUUUUGCUCAAAGCCAUGUUUACAAAAACGGUGAAAGCAGGUGAUGUUCUGCUUUGGGAUUCACUGACAUGCCAGCUUACAUGCCAUAUUUGUACAAACUUAUUUUUAACUGCAAAAUAAAAUGUUUAGAACAUCAAAUUUUCGGUAGAGGGUAAGCAUAAUGCCUUUAGUAUGGCUUAUUUUUUGUGCAUGAUGCCUUAAGAUGUGUAUAAAAAAAAAAUCACAAAAGAGAAAUCUUUUAUUAUAAAAAAAAUAAAGAAAAUCUGAUGUGGAGUUUG